AUGGCGAUCACAGCGCCAACUCCCGACAUCCUCGGCGAGCGCCAGUCCGGCCAGGACGUCCGCGCGCAGAACGUGAUGGCGUGCGGGGCGGUAGCCAACAUCGUCAAACCAUCGCUCGUCCCCGUCGGUCUCGACAAGAUGCUAGUGGAUGAUAUUGGUAAUGUUACAGUCACUAAUGACGGAGCAACGAUACUUAAGAUGUUGGAAGUUGAGCACCCAGCUGCCAAGGUUCUUGUUGAGCUGGCUGAGCUCCAAGACCGUGAAGAAGGAGAUGGAACAACUUCAGUUGUAAUCAUUGCAGCGGAGUUGCUCAAGAGAGGCAAUGAUCUUGUGAAGAAUAAGAUCCAUCCAACUUCUAUAAUCAGUGGCUACAGGCUUGCUAUGCGUGAAGCCUGCAGAUAUGUUGAGGAAAAGUUGGCAGUCAAGGUUGACAAACUUGGAAAAGACUCCCUUAUCAACUCUGCAAAAACUAGCAUGUCUUCAAAGUUGAUUAAUAGUGACGGUGAAUUAUUUGCAACUCUGGUUGUUGUGGCAGUUCAAGCUGUGAAGACUACAAAUGCCAAGGGAGAAGUGAAAUAUCCAAUCAAGAGCAUCAAUAUUUUGAAAGCUCAUGGUAAAAGCACCAAGGAUAGUUACCUGCUGAAUGGCUAUGCACUAAACACAGGCCGUGCAGCUCAAGGAAUGCCUAUUAGAGUAACUCCUGCUAGAAUUGCUUGUCUUGAUUUUAACCUUCAGAAGACAAAUGCAACUUGGUGUCCAAGUUCUCAAUCUGACAUAACAAAGGAGCGAAUUGAGAAAAUUCUCAAGGCUGGAGCUAAUGUUGUGUUGACCACUAAGAGAAUUGACGAUAUGUCCUUGAAGACAUCUCAUUCUGAUAUGAUGUCAAACAUAUUUCAGUACUUUGUUGAGGCUGGAACAAUUGCAGUGACUACUUUUGCGGACAUGGAAGGUGAAGAAACAUUUGAUUCAUCAUUCCUUGGACAUGCUGAUGAAGUUGUGGAGGAAAGGAUUGCUGACGAUGAUGUUAUUCUGGUGAAAGGCACAAAGAACACUAGUGCGGUUUCCAUAAUACUUAGAGGCGCAAAUGACUUCAUGCUUGAUGAGAUUGACCGGUCCUUGCAUGAUGCUUUGUGCAUUGUGAAGAGAACCCUGGAAUCAAAUAUGGUUGUUGCUGGCGGUGGUGCAGUUGAAGCUGCGUUGUCAGUUUACUUGGAGAACCUUGCAACGACCCUGGGCUCUCGGGAACAAUUGGCAAUUGCUGAAUCUUUGUUAAUCAUACCAAAGGUACUCUUUGUUAAUGCUGCAAAAGAUGCAACUGAGCUUGUAGCAAAGCUUAGGGCAUAUCAUCAUACUGCUCAAACAAAAGCCGAUAAGCAACAUUAUUCAAGUAUGGGUCUUGACCUCUCUAAAGGUAUCAUUCGCAACAACCUUGAAUAUGGAGUGAUAGAGCCAUCGAUGAGCAAAGUAAAGAUUAUUCAGUUUGCCACCGAGGCUGCCAUUACUAUCCUGAGGAUUGACGACAUGAUCAAGCUUACUAAGGAAGAGGCUGCCAUUACUAUCCUGAGGAUUGACGACAUGAUCAAGCUUACUAAGGAAGAGGGUAACGAAGAAGACCCUUGCUUAGCUGUGGACAUUCGUAUAGGGGUGCUGUAG